AUAUUUGAAAAAUCUAAAAUUGAGAAAGAGAAAUUCAAAGAAGAAAUGAUUGAAUUUAUUAAACAAACAAAUAAAAUAAAUGAAAAUAGUGAUACUCCAAUGUUUUUUGUAGAUUCACAACCAGAUGAAGAUGAUGAUAAUACAAUAUCAGAAGAAGAAAUAGAAAAAUUAAUCAAAUGGGCAAGAGGAUUAAAACCAAUUGAUAAAGAAGAAAUCAAUAAAUUAAUAAGUGAAUAUAAAGAAAUUAUUUAUGAAGAAAAAGAAGAAGGUAAAGUAAUAGAAGAAACAAUACUUAAGAGAACAUAUAAAAUAACAAAAUAUAUAAGAUGUAAGAAAGUAAAGUAUAAUAGAGAAGUUAUUUAUGAUGAAAGUACUGAAUUUAACAGUAGAAUUAUAACAGAAAACAAAUCAAAGAAAGAAUCAUCAGACUGUGUAGUGAUGUAA